AUGCGCGUGCAGCAUGGUGCCCGAGGUUAUGCAAGUUCAUCCGUCGACAUUCUUGAAGACAACGAAUCUGAAGGCUUCCGAGAAGUGAACUCUGAGAGCAUCUUAUCUUCAGCAGACACCUCCGCCCAGAAGCAACAUUCUAUGGAGCCUCUCGAAGUGCAGGAUCUUCCAGAAAUACCACCAUUUCCCACUAGACCAACCCUCCAUAUAUCCUUGGAAGAUGUCACAACGUAUAUCCAACCACUGGUUUCGCGUCAGUGGAAAGUCGGCCACAUCUCCACAGGAGUCGGUGAAGAUGAAAUACUCUCUCUGGACAGACAUUACAAAUUCAAGGGCUUCAAUGAUGUCAUGGAUUUUGUUCAGGGAGUCGCAGACAUCUCACGGGCAGAAAAGGCGCGUGUCAAACAUCACGCUCGAAUCGCGUUCGAGUAUAAUACUGUGGACAUUUCCUCGCACACGCAUUCAGCGUACACCUUCCACCGCGUAGGAAAUGGAAAACCCGAGUCUCAAAAAGUUCCUGGGCUCACGCGGCGCGAUAUUCGAUUCGCUAUCAAGAUCGAGGAGUUGCAUGAAACAUUCAAGGAACGAGGGCGCACGAUGGAGUUUGUAUCAGCAGCCCUUGCACAGCUGCAACGCCGGUCUAUGAAGUCAGUGCUACGAAGGUAUAACCAAAAGCAGAGAAUCGCGAACACCGAGGACGUCCACAGCACGGGCAAUGCGAUGUAA